AUGAUCAUAGAGCUCCAAGACUGAUUACCAUAACAUUAAACAGUCUUUACCAUGGAUUUCAAUUUGAAAUGCUUCAAAUGCAGUCUAUAUUUGAUCAGACUGAUUGGAAACAGAAUGUCUAAUUCUUAGAAAAUAAGUUUAUUUUCUUAAUUGGGUAUAUAAAGAAAUCAAAUUUUCUCUGCAUAAAGAUUUGAACUUGGCGAUGACCAAUGGCACAUGCAUGCUACAGCAACUCUGACCAUGGAAGUAAAGAGCUACAAUUGUAGAAAAACGGCGUCGUUUUUUUGCUGCCGAUGGUGAACUAAGCUAUAUGACUAAUGUAUACCCUCUCUGCCUCUCCUGGCUUAAAUUCUAUGCAACCACCAACUUCUCUCUGAUCCCACUUUCCAGUCACAAAAAACCCUCCUCUCGAGUUAGGUCUUUGGGUCUCAGUCAGGGCUUUUGCAAUGGCGGAUUCUGAGGAGGAGGUGGUUGCUGUGAUCAUGGUCGGUGGACCCACCAAAGGUACUAGAUUUAGGCCUCUUUCAUUCAAUACUCCAAAACCACUGUUCCCAUUGGCCGGGCAGCCUAUGGUUCACCAUCAUAUUUCUGCUUGUAGAAGGAUACCAAAUUUGGCUCGGAUUUUUUUAAUUGGAUUCUAUGAGGAGCGGGAAUUUACUUUGUAUGUCUCUUCAAUCUCUAAUGAACUCAAAGUACCCGUAAGAUACUUGAAGGAGGACAAACCGCAUGGUUCUGCUGGUGGUCUUUAUUAUUUUAGAGACAUAAUCAUGGAAGACAGUCCGUCACAUAUCUUUCUACUGAAUUGUGAUGUUUGCUGUAGUUUUCCAUUGCCAGAUAUGCUUCAGGCACAUAAAAAAUAUGGUGGGAUGGGAACAAUGUUAGUAAUAAAGGUUUCUGCUGAAUCAGCCAACCAAUUUGGUGAAUUGGUUGCUGAUCCAACCACCAAAGAGCUGUUGCAUUAUAUAGAGAAACCAGAGACUUUUGUAAGUGAUUUGAUAAACUGUGGUGUCUACAUCUUCAAUCCAGAGAUUUUUACUGCCAUUCAAGGUGUCUCCACUAAUCGGGAAGACAGAGCAAAUCUACUUCAUUUAUCCAGCUUUGACGGCCUUCAGUCUGUGACAAGAGCCAGUUUUCCUACAGAUUUUGUAAGGUUAGAUCAAGAUAUUUUGUCACCUCUUGCUGGAAAGAAGCAAUUGUAUACAUACGAGACAAUGAACUUCUGGGAGCAAAUCAAGACUCCUGGGAUGUCUUUGAAAUGUUCUGCUUUAUAUCUUGCCCAAUAUCAAUUAACCUCCCCUCAACUUUUGGCAAGUGGGGAUGGAACUAAGAGUGCUAGCAUUAUUGGUGAUGUCUAUGUUCAUCCAUCAGCAAAAGUGCAUCCAACAGCUAAGAUCGGUCCCAAUGUCUCUAUUUCAGCAAAUGUUCGUGUAGGAGCAGGGGUUAGGCUUAUAAGUUGCAUCAUCUUAGAUGAUGUUGAAAUUCAGGAAAAUGCAGUUGUUAUGCAUUCUAUUAUUGGUUGGAAAUCAUCUCUAGGAAGAUGGUCAAGAGUCCAGGCUGAUGGAGACUACAAUUCAAAGCUUGGAAUAACAAUCCUUGGAGAAGCUGUGACAGUUGAAGAUGAAGUUGUUGUUACUAACUGCAUAGUUCUUCCAAAUAAGAUCAUUAAUGGUAGUGUACAGGAAGAGAUCAUCUUAUAACAAUGAAGACAUUUAAUUAUUGGAUUUUUGUUGUUUUUCUUCGCGGAGAAAUUUAUGAUUUGAGAUCUUAUAUAAUUUUUCUGUAGAAAUGGGGAGGCAACUCCCUUGUGUGUGUGUGACUUGGCCCUUGGAUUGUUAGGCCAUGUUUGGUUUACUAUGAAAAUAGAAAUUGAAUGUAAUUUUUAGAAUAUAA